UGGAUAGUUCUGAUAGUUCUCAAGUCUCAAAAGAUAACCUUUACGCUUUACCGCCCUUUCUCUCAUUUCAGUGUUUAAAUUUUUAAGUUUCCUGACGAAUAAUAAUUCGAGAAAUAUUAAUAAGCAAAGUGAUUUGUUGAUGUACAAUUCUAUGAAUGAUGUCUCUUGUUUGCUGUGCUGCUACUUGCCUUUCGAAUCAUACAACUAAAGUUGAUGGUCGAAGUAUCAAAUUUUAUCCUUUCCCAAAUGAUGCGAAACUAAAACAGCAAUGGCGAAAUAAUUGCAAGUCAAUACGCGCCAAUAAUGUAAAGCAUAAAGAAUUAUUCCGUUUGUGCGAACUACAUUUUGAAAAGAGUAAUUUUACACCAAAUAUGCAACUAAAACCUAAAGCUGUUCCAACUCUUUUUGACUUUGCAAAGAAGCGAAAGAGAGAAAAAAUAUCUCCCAUUGCAAAUAAAAAUGCAAAAAGAUUUAAAUUAGAAAAUAAUGAUAAUAACAAUGAUAAAAAUGAAGAAAUGUUUACGUCACAAAGUGAAAACAUUUUCACGUCAACUCCCCUCUCUACUAAAGCUGGACUGGAAAAGCCUUCAAGUCUACAACCUCAAAGGUUAGGUAAUCUUUUCUCGCCGGGUGCAAAACCGACAGAAAAAGUAUAUCACGGUUCAUAUCGGUUAAUAAUACAAAUCGAUAAAAUCCGUUCUAAGCCUGGACCAAAGUCGAAAAAGCUCUUACUUUCCUCCCGUUUAAAAAAGAAAUCUAAGGAUAUUGACAUGGCUCUAGAGAAAUGUGCUGCAGCUUUGCAAGCAAGUUUCAAUGAUUCAAUUCAAGACGAUCUCAGGGUACCAGAUCAGGAUAGAUUUGCUGAAUCUGAUGACAGUAUAAUCGAAUUAGAUCCGUCCAGUCCCGAGAAAACAGGUACGAAUCUCCAAGAGUCGGAUCAAAACGACCUCGGAAAUUCAGGCCACAAAAAAGUCAAUGAGUCAAGCGAAAACACUAUUACCAAAUCAAGUCAGAGUAAUCUCGAUGAAUCAAGUAAAAACCAUCUCAAGAACCCUAGCCAAAAUCGGCCAAUUAACACUCAGAUCAGACCAGUCCAGCAACAAUUUGGACAAAGCAUCUUGAAAACUGAUGUGAUCCAACAGCUUGAAAAGCUGAUCAAACCCCCUGCAAUGCUGUCUGUAUGUAAAGCCGGUUGUGAACUCCAGAAUGUUAUUUUUAAUAGUAGUCCAGCUUUUAGAUGCGGAAAAUGCAACAAUAUCUACAUUCCACAACCAAUGAACGCAGUAAAUAAUACAGAGAGCCAGCCGAUUGGUCCUCCAAUUUCUGAAAAUCUAGUAUGUGAUAUUUGUGAUGGCGUAUUCGAAAUUAAAAUUGAAUAUGAAAAACAUAUGAGACUGCAUAAUUAUAUGAAUCCUAGUACACCUUUCCAAUGCCAUCUUUGUAACUCAGUAUUCGAUACAAAACAGAACGCACGAAACCACAUUUCGCAAGCCCAUGGAAUCGGAACUGACAGGAAAAAGCAAAGAAGCUUGCCGAAAACUGCUGCUGAUAUUAGAUGCGAGCUUUGUAAUUUGAUAUUUAAGGACGAAGAAUACUUCAGGAAUCAUAUGAAGUCCCAUACGGAAAACAACAAACCAGCUCCUCCAGUGGGACAAGUGAAGUCUGUUAGAUAUGCCUGUUCAGUUUGUAGUAUGGAAUUUUCCACUCUACCAGAAAUUGAAGUCCAUAUGAAGACACACAUAGAAACGGACCUAGAGGAGCUCAGAUGUAAUAUUUGCAGUAAAAUUUUUCCAAAUGAUCAAAUAUUAAGAGAUCAUUUGCGAGAUCAUGUGGCUCGCGCUCAUCGAUGUCACCUUUGUCCCAAAGCUUUUGUUAAUAUGAUCAAUCUAAGAGUUCAUUUGAAGAAUCAUGCGUAAAUAAGUUUUUGUGGCAUUAGAUUUUGCAAUUUUCAUCUAUUAUGUACCUUACAAGCUACUUGAGUUAGUUCGAUGAUCUAGACCAUCUUGUGAAAAAAUUAAAAAAUCAUCUCUAAAUCAUCUAGAUUUAAAUCAUGUAAGUUUUUAACACCUCAUACAGUUUUUUUAUUUCUUACUCAAAAUAUUAUGAGCAUAAAAAAUAUAUAUAUGUAUAUUAAGUGUUAAUCAUAUUUUUAACAACGUUUAUUAUAAAUUACGAAAAUUAACAAAGUGACAAAAGUCUGGAAGGGAGAAUUUUUUUCUUGGCAUUCAUGUUAUCUUUUUUAAUGAAAAAUGCUA